AUGUCAUCAUCAACAAUAUUACAGGAUUGUAACAAUAAUUGUAAAUUCAUAUUUCCAUACUUCAUAAUAGAACAAGAAACCAAAUCCAAUUUACACAUAAGAACAUUUGUUCAAUUAGCUGAAGCUUUAAAUCGUAUCUUAGUAUUACCAAAUGUUGGCUCAUCAAGAUCCAGAGCAUGUUUACCCUUUUCAGCUUCUUUUUAUUAUAAUUUAAACUCAUUGCAUGAAAUGUUUCCGAAUGCAAAAUUCAUUGUUCAAAAAGAAUAUGAAUUAUGGCUUGGAAAUCAAUCAGAUUAUAAAAAUAUUAUUAGUGAACACAUUUCGUUUACAAGUUCUCCAAACAUUGAUGAGGGUGGUUAUGAAGAACUAAAACAACAAAGCCAACAAAAUAGAUAUUAUAGAAGUUAUACAAUUGCAAAAAAUUCUUCUAGUCCUUAUUAUAGAAAUCAGAUUGACAUGAUGAAAUCUGAAUGUGAAUAUGAUUUCAAAACAAAUGUAACAAAAUUUAAAGAAAUUCGUAUUUUAAAAAAUGGAUUUCUAAGAAAUUCAUUAGAACAACGUAAAAAUUUUUCUGAAUUCUUGAUUGAAGAUUUGAAAUCAGAUUCACAAAUACUAUUUAUUUUUUCUAAACUGCAACAACCAGGUUUCCCAAACAUGUAUAAACCAAUUCCUUAUGCAGAUCAUAUAGUGUAUGAAGCUUCAAAAAUCAUCAAUCAGCUUGAUUCAUCAUAUAUUGCAAUACAUUGGAGAAUGGAAGAAGUAAUACCCAAAAAUCUGCCAAAUUGUGCCAGAGAAUUAGUUAAAACAAUACAAAAAAUAAAAGAAAAUACUGGAAUAAAUAAUGUCUAUUUAGCAACUGAUUUCCCCUUAACUUACAACAAAAAUGGCAGUAUAAUUAUAAGUAAAAAUGUUCUUGAAAUUGAACCACAAUCUGGCACUUUUCAUGUUAUUACAAUUUUUCACGUUAAAGCAAUGGAGAUACUAGCUUCUUCAAUAAAAGACAUCAAAACUUGGAAAUCUUUAAAUGCUUUUGGAUAUUUAAAAUAUAUUGGAAAAGAAGAGGAAAAUAAAGAAAAUCUUUUGUUUAAUGAAUUACAAGGUCCAGGUGUACAAGGAAUAUUAGAUAAAAUAAUUUGUAUAAAUUCAAAUUAUUUCUUGAGUGGACCAAAAGGUUGCUGUAGAUCACAAUCUACUUUUACAAAACAAAUUGCAGAUUCAAGAAAACAAUUGUUGAUUGAAGGAAAUAUAAACAUAUUAAAUGAUAUUACAAGGUGGAAAUUUACUAAUUAA